AUGUUUCACUAUUCUGGACGUCUUGCUGGACUUGACGAAAUGGUCUUGAAGAUCAGCGCUCCUUCUAAAAUUGCUUCUACGGUAUCAACAUGUACCCUCGACGGUGAGCCGUACCUUAAGGUUAGGAAAGUCAAAAAGCGCAAGGCUGAGCGGGCAUCUCGUCCACCCCUUGCGGACAAGACACUACCGGCGGUGAAUCAUGCUUCAAUCCAGCUGCCCCACGCUCCCUCAAGGAUACAGUGUAAAUCAUUGGAAAAGCCUGUUGCUGUUGAGAAGCCCCCCGAGGAGCAACAGAACAUUGUUCCUCCUAACCAACCCGUUACUCACGUCAACCGCUCACGGCGCAAUAUUGAGUCAUUUCGCCCCCUUCCUCCUCUGUCAUCUGCAUCCACACUGCAGCUACCUUCCUUUCUCAAUUUUUCAACCACACAUUCGUUAACAUCUCCUUCGCCUGCAAGUCAGUGUCGUAACGAGUCUUCCCACUCCCUCCCAGCCAAUAUCUUGUUCCGCCAUUCAUCUAGCCACAUCUCAUCCACCCGACGAGUGGUUGUUCGUAAAACUAAGAACACAAAGGUGUAUGAAGGACCCCAUUGGAUUCCCGCCUUCCACCAUCCGAAUAGUCCUUAUGUUCCAUGGUCACCUGCCGUACGGCAUCGCAUUCUUCCUCCAUUGAUACCGGAAUCACCCAUCUCACCUCUUUACUCACGUAGUGGAGCUGUCGCACCAGAGCCAUGGGGCUCGCAUUCUACCACAGAAACACAGACGAAUGUGGAAAAGGGUUCCAGUUCGUGGAAGAGCUUCAAGAAAUCGGUCAAGAGUGGCCUAAAGAGUGUCAAGAGCGUUGUCUCGCGCAUUGGCAAGGUUCCGAAACUCUCCCGCGGGCGUUCAGAUAAAAAGAUGAUAAAUCGCAGCGGCGACCCGGUCCCAUCUGCCAGUGACUACAUGAUGUUUGCGAAGAACUCAUCCCCACUUUCCCCGGGUUCUCUGACCGAAGAUACCCCCGCCACACGAGUUUCGUUCGGUAGUCUUGUAUCAUCAGAUUCUGUUACCCUAGCUGCAUGGCUAGCUGAACGACAUACGACCUCUAAUACUUCAUGGGAGUCUCCUGGGAUGUCAGUGGAAGAGUAUGAGAUGAUGGGUAGUUGGUUGGACUUGCGCGUCGGAGAUGGGGAAAGGGUUUGUGGCGUUCUGGAAUGUACUGCCCAUACUCCAAACGGAACACCCGACGCGCUUUGCCACGGACUGCGCGAUUUCCAUUCAGCAGUGCCUUUCGACGCCACAGUUAACGAACAUGUCAAAGCACCUGUGCCGAAGAAGACGACAUCGCCUGUAUCCACGCUGGACCUCAAUUCGUGGCCACAUCCGGGCCCGUUUUACUCCCUUCCGCGACUGCCAUCGCAGGUACUUGUCAUGUCCACGAAGGAAUUGAAGACCUUGGACGACCCGAACGUUGAACAUUUUUUGAUGUCCAAAAAAUCCCGUGAAUUAAGUAUGCCUGGUGGAUGGGCGUUCACAUCAUGA